AUGCAUCAACCGGAAGCAGAUCCCGGAAUUACUGUCGAGGAUUACCAAGACGCUUUAGAUAAUAUCCCAUUAGACAUCAAACUCGCCAACAGCAAAUAUGCCUGGAAGUUUUCGCAAGAUCAAUCUUUGUCAUGGAAGUAUAUAUUCGACCCUAAUAAAAGUGGGUCGGGCCAGGCCGAACAAUAUCUUGUCCCAGGGACAAAAGAGCCAUACUACCUUGAGGGAGCAGAUAAGGGAGCAGCUUGGAGUGGAAUUCCUCCUCCUCUCCUUGAGCUGGGGUCAAAGCUCCAGGAUGUUUCUACCGUGGAACUGGGAAUUGUUAAUUAA